GUCGGCUGGGCCUCGGCGGCGGCUGCUGCUCCUCUUCCUUCUCCCCAGCGAAACGAUUUGCGAGUCUCCGGGGCUGCUGCUGCUGCUUCUUCUUCUUCGUGGGCUGAGCGGAGCUAGAGCUAAGAUGGCGGAUCCGGAGGACCAGCUCUCCGAUGAGGAGAAGGUGCGCAUAGCAGCAAAAUUCAUUAUCCAUGCUCCACCAGGAGAAUUCAAUGAGGUUUUUAACGAUGUUCGUUUGCUACUUAAUAAUGAUAAUCUUCUCAGGGAAGGAGCAGCACACGCAUUUGCACAGUAUAAUUUGGAUCAGUUUACUCCAGCUAAAAUAGAAGGCUAUGAUGAACAGGUAUUAAUAACAGAGCAUGGUGAUUUGGGCAAUGGGAAAUUUUUUGAUCCAAAAAACAAGAUUGCUUUUAAAUUUGAUCAUUUACGAAAGGAGGCUACAGAUCCAAAGCCUCACGAUGUUGAAAAUGCAAUUGAGUCAUGGCGAAACUCCAUAGAAACAGCAAUGAGAGCAUAUGUGAAGGAACACUAUCCAAAUGGUGUCUGCACAGUAUAUGGAAAAACUAUUGAUGGACAUCAAACAAUUAUUGUUUGCAUUGAAAGUCAUCAGUUUCAAGCAAAAAACUUUUGGAAUGGUCGUUGGCGAUCAGAAUGGAAAUUUACUAUAACGCCUUCUACCACCCAGGUAGCAGGCAUCUUAAAAAUUCAGGUUCAUUAUUAUGAAGAUGGAAAUGUUCAGCUAGUGAGUCAUAAAGAUAUACAAGAUUCUCUAACAGUGACUAAUGAAACCCAAACAGCAAAGGAAUUUGUGAAGAUUGUAGAGGCUGCAGAAAAUGAAUACCAGACUGCUAUCAGUGAAAAUUAUCAAACAAUGUCGGACACUACUUUCAAGGCUUUGCGCCGACAACUGCCAGUUACUCGCACAAAGAUUGACUGGAAUAAGAUACUGAGCUAUAAGAUUGGCAAGGAAAUGCAGAAUGCUUAAAAUGAAUGUGGCAAAUAUGAAUAAUUUCGUUCUUCUGUACAAAAUAAAGUUAUUGCAAAGGUAUUCAAAAUUGUGAUGUAUCACCUUGGCCAUUUGCCAUUGAAAUAACUGUAAGUUUGGUUAGAACACAAGACUUAGGUAACUUUUUUUAUUUGACCAUUUGUUUCUCCUUUACAAAGUUAUAAAAAAAAUCAGUGUAGCUAAAAUGUUGAGAGCUUCUGAUAUAUUUAGAUUUUUAUAAUGAUAUGCCUAUAGUUUUCAGUUAAAUUAAACAGUUUGAAAAAAAAUAUUUUUGCAUAAGAUUAUCCCAUGUUGCUUGCUUUCAUGCAAAAGGCAGCUUACCAAACACAAUUCCUUUGAAAAGAUUUGUUUCUGGACAACAUGGAUUUUAACCAUGUGUAUUGCAGAAAUAUUCUGCCCCUCCACAGUUUGAAAGCUGGAGAAAAGCUUUUCUAUAUCCAAUCCUAUUCAGUUGUUUAAAUAGCUUGAUGUUAACUUUUUUUUUUAAGCCAAGAUCUAAUUUUAAGAAGUUGAAAUUAAACAUUAGUGCUUACGUUCAAAAUGCAUUUAAUGUUCCAUUUGACAGAACCUCAGAUGAGUUGGGAUUUUAUCAGUCAUCAAGUUAUUUUUAUCAUGCAGCCAUAAUUGUAUUAUAGCAAGGCAUAUUGUUAUAUAUAUGUAAUCCUAUACUCAUUGUGUGUCUGUCAGUUUUUUCUUCAAUUGAAAUGUACUAAAAAUCAGUGUGAAUUAAACAUGCAAAUUUUCUAUUUA